ACAACAGUGGUUCGUCGUCUCGCGAGAACUCUACAGUUUGUUUGUUUGGUUUUUUUUCCCCUAGUCGAUUAUGCUUAUUAUAAGGAGUCUCCCCCUACCGUCACAGCAGUGCAGUACGACUCUUCUUCUAGUUUCGUCAGAGGCUUGAUCCAGCGUUAAAAUCAGACAGGCGAGACUAUAAUUCACUCCCUUCCCGCUACCCCCAGCCCAGUUGUCCUGCUUUUUGCUUAUCGCCCUACGGCACGGCAACAAUUCUGGCUUUCUUCAUUCAAGGACAGGCAGAGGAGGGGAAGAGCCCGGGGGAGAGGCGCUGAAGCAAAGCCGGCUUGGGAACUGGAAUCGCCAGGUCAUACUGAGCUUGGCUCAGAACAGUGAGAUUGCAGUAGUUUCCCAGCCACCAAAAUAAAGUCACCAUGAAGACCUCAGAUAUUUUCCUUCUGCCUGCUGUGCUCCUCAUGUUCCUCUUCCACUGCUGUCUUGCACAGAGCGAUUCCGAUCUAGUAGUAGCAACAAGGUUGGGCCAUGUGCAGGGUGUACGCUUGCCUGUUCCAGACCGGAGUCAUGUGAUUGCUUUCUUGGGCAUCCCAUACGCUGAACCUCCUAUUGGGAAGAGACGUUUCAAGAAAGCAGAGCCCAAAAAACCUUGGAAUGGUAUCUUCGAUGCUAGGGACUACCCAAAUGCCUGCUAUCAGUUUGUAGACACCUCUUACCCAGGCUUUCCAGGUAUCGAGAUGUGGAACCCCAACAAAAUGAUGAGCGAGGACUGCCUUUACCUUAAUGUGUGGGUACCUCCUACCCCUAGGCCACAGAACCUCACAGUAAUGGUCUGGAUAUAUGGUGGUGGCUUCUACAGUGGCUCCUCCUCUCUUGAUGUCUACGAUGGACGGUACUUGGCUUACUCCGAAAAGGUAGUGGUUGUGUCUAUGAACUAUCGUGUCGGAGCUUUUGGAUUCCUAGCCCUCAACGGCUCAUCAGAAGCACCAGGAAAUGUGGGUCUCCUUGACCAGAGAUUGGCCCUCCAGUGGGUCCAAGAAAACAUCCACUUCUUUGGUGGUAAUCCUAAACAGGUCACCAUUUUUGGAGAAAGUGCUGGGGGAGCAUCGGUUGGCAUGCACGUUCUGUCACCAGACAGCCGCCCGUUCUUCACCCGCGCCAUAAUGCAGAGCGGUGUUCCUAAUACCCCCUGGGCUACCGUUAGCUUUGACGAGGCCCGUCGGAGGGCCACCUUGUUGGGCAAACUUGUCGGCUGCAGCGAGGGUAAUGACACUGAACUGGUUGACUGCUUGAGGAACAAACAUCCACAGGAACUAAUUGAUCAGGAGUGGCAAGUCCUCCCCUAUAGCAGCCUGUUCCGCUUUUCCUUCGUGCCUGUCAUAGAUGGCGUUUUCCUUCCUGACACUCCAGAAGCCAUGAUUAACUCGGGUAACUUCAAAUACACUCAGAUCAUGUUGGGUGUAAAUCAGGAUGAGGGAUCUUACUUCUUGCUAUACGGUGCACCGGGAUUCAGUAAAGACAAUGAUAGCUUGAUAUCUCGAGAAGACUUCCUUGAAGGUGUGAAGAUGGGUGUUCCUCAUGCUAACGAGAUUGGUUUGGAGGCAGUUAUCCUUCAGUACACUGACUGGAUGGAUGAGAACAAUCCCCAGAAGAAUCGAGAUGCAAUGGACGAUAUUGUAGGUGAUCAAAAUGUCAUCUGUCCUCUGCAGCACUUUGCAAGGUCGUACGCUCAGCACACUAGCCUCAAUUCACAACCAGGAGCUGCGGCUCCUGGGACACUAGGCUGGGGAAACUCAGGACCAACAAGCUACAACAGUGGCAACACCCAUGGUGCUGUGUACCUUUACCUGUUUGACCAUCGAGCCUCAAACUUGGCCUGGCCUGAGUGGAUGGGAGUAAUCCAUGGUUAUGAGAUUGAGUUUGUGUUUGGCCUGCCAUUAGAGAAACGACUCAAUUACACAGCAGAAGAAGAGAAACUCAGUCGACGAAUGAUGAGAUACUGGGCCAAUUUCGCUCGUACCGGUAAUCCCAACAUUAACGUUGAUGGCAACAUGGACAGCAGUCGAAAGCGGUGGCCUCAAUAUACAGCUACUGACCAAAAGCACGUGGGCUUGAACACAGAGCCACUGAAGGUGCACAAGGGUCUAAGAACGCAGGUUUGUGCUCUGUGGAACCGCUUCCUGCCUCGCCUACUUAACAUAACAGACAACAUUGACGAUGUUGAGCGGCAGUGGAAAGUGGAGUUUCAUCGCUGGAGCUCCUACAUGAUGCACUGGAAGAGCCAGUUUGACCAUUACAGCAAGCAGGAGCGCUGCACAGAUCUCUAGAUAAAUCUGACGUGAACGUAAGAAAGUGUAGAUCAAAGAAAGACAAAUCUGAUGACCAUAACCCUUAAUAGUCUCUUUUCGGAACGGUUGCCAAAGCUUUUUCGUUGAUAGCUAUCUCAGAGCAGGUAUGAGAAUGAAUUUGUGACUGUUGCACUUUUGUUUCUCCCUGUGCAGGAUAUUAUUCUUAUCAACCAGUUAUGUGACAAUAUAUAUAUAUAUAAUAAGUGGUAUCUUCCAGUACAUAAGGAGAGGAGGUGAAUUCAAGCUGCUAUUAGAGAUUAUCAAGUGCUACGGUCAUCAAAUGUAUGUAUCAGAUGGAAAAAAGAUGUUAUAGUUAUAUUACCUCUAAACAGUGAGCGUGCAUGUCUGUUCCACCAGAACCUAGAAACCCUCAUUUACACUGGUCCUCAGGAUCCCACUUUUUUAUUAUUUUUUUGUUCGUUUUGUUUUUAUCCUGUUUUCUUAUAGGCUUAAAUUUAUAAAGGCUGCUUCACAGUACAUUUCUCUCUGUAUCUACCACAUCUACUCAGUAUUUCACGUGCUAGUUUAUCGUGUGAACUUGUCUGCUGUCUCUGCUUUCCAACUGUGGUCCAACUCAAUAUACUAAUACUUCAUGCAGGAAUCAGGAGCCAUUUAACUUCAUGUAUGUUGUCUAACUGUACUGAGUUGUUUCUGUGUGGGCAAGUCUGUGUGUGUGUGUGUGUUAAUGUACUAAUACUUAAAACCUAUUUUUUAUUUCAAUUGCUACUUACAUUGCAUGCAUUCUAGCGCCCACAGCAUGACUCUACUUGUGUGUACGUAUGAGAAAGAAAGUCUGUGUUUACCAUAUACCAACUACAUAGGUCAAUAUACGCGUUUAUAUGUGAAACACCGCUAGUGAAUUCACCUACGGGCAUUGUAUGUUUGAGUGUUUUAUCUUAGACGGAGAAAGAGAGAGCUUGGUGAGUGAGACUAAUGUUGUCUGUGUGCCAAAGGGUCAAUAUCAUUUUUUUUCCCCUUGCUGUCUCCCUCUCUCGAUGGGAAAGGCUUCUCAUUACGAUAAUGGAGGGAGAGUAAUUUACUUAGUGCUCAUUUGAAAUGACAGCCCGCUGUGUCAGCCAUCUUAACUCCAGCCCUACCUUCACCCUUUUGAUGCAGUGGGAGGAUGAUGAAGGAAAACACAGGCAAAGGGAAGCUGUGAGGACAAACAAGAAUACAGGGUUAUAAAAGCCACUCCUAUCAUGUUCUAUAUUUAUUGUACUAUUUGAUGUCUUUUUUUUUAAGUAAAUUAUUUGCAUGAUUGCAUUAAAAGAACUCAUGUGGAGUGUUUUAGUUAGCUUAACAACAGAGCAAAUGUUUUAUUUUUGUGUAUUUAUUAAUUAAGAGUGUGGAAUACAUAUAUUUGCAUUUUGCCUGUGAAUCUGGAUCAAACAUUAUUUUGUAUUUUACUGCGUGAAUGUAUCAUUCUGUCAUACACACUGUCUCAAUGCGCAAAUUCAUGUUUGCUAUGAACAUGCUCAAUUUGUGAAUGCUAGUCUAUGCCUGUCUCAUUACCUUCCUGUCAGCCUGUGUCUAGAACUGUUCAUCUAGCCUUUUGUUAACACUGUGGAAAGGAUCUGACUCAGUAACUCACUAACGAUUGGUCGGCUCUAAAUAUGACUGGAAAUAGCUUUAAACAAUGCCAUUUAAGUGGACAUAAUAUAUCGUACUAGCUAGACAAAUGUCACGCGGGUACGGUAUGAUUAUGCGUGUUUGUUUAUGGGUCUGAAUGACAGCUGCUUUUCCUUCCACUCCAUGAAAUCAACUUGUGCAUGCCCUAGACAUGACCUCUGUAUUAUGUACUUUAAAAAUUGACUGUUAUCCUCUCUGACCAUAUUAGUGCUGAUGUCUGUUAAUAUUAUUACGCAUUUAUGGCUAUGAAAACCUUAUAAUAGCCCAGAUAUAGAUAGUGAUGUUAGCAAUAACAAAAUACACUUAAAAUUGAAUAUUUAUUCGAAUGCAUUGAUGCUCAUGUAAUGUCACUGACUUGACUGAUAAACACAGUGGUCAUGAAUUGAGAGCACUGAUCAUGGAUAUUAUAACUGUCUAUAAAUCAACUGUAUCUUCAAAGCAAUAUAGAGUGCCAUAUGCUAUCCUACAGAUAUUUUUCUUCAGUUUUUAAUGUUGUUUGUAAACUCUGCAUCAACUUUAUAGGUUUCCUAAUUGCAGACAUUUAGGUAAGCAAAUUAGUUGCCAUUGAGGAUUCCUGCCUCUUAAUUUUGACCACAAAGAUAAAAUAAUAACUAUAUUAUAUUGCAAAUCCACAUGAUUCUACCCCAAAUAUAUGUAGAACAUUGCACAUGGCUGAAGAAGCAUAUUAUGUUCUGCAUUUGUUGCACUUUGACAACAUACAUAUAAUAAUAGCAGUCACUGUUAUUGUUGUCUUGUUGUUGUUCUUUUUUUAUUCUUCUUAUUAUUGAUAAUUUGCUCCAGAUAUUGCCCGCUGUGUCAAAUUAGUGCCAAACAUGUAUGGUGACAGCAUCGUGCAAAUCCUCCGCAUGGUGUUAUUUGUCAUAUCCGCCUUCUCUGGGCACCAUAUCAGAAGCUUUCCAACGCAAACUCAAUAAACAGUUAUUGACUUAAUUAAAGGA